UGCUGCUGCUCUCGCGCCUGGCCGGUGGCUGCAGAAAGCUGUGAAGGGGGAGCGCGUGCUGUGCACGGUGAGCCGGCGCGCGGCAUUGUGGGAAGAAUGGAUCCUUCUAGCCACAGCGUGGUGUUACUCCAGCAGUUAAACCUCCAGCGUGAAUUUGGAUUCCUCUGUGACUGCACUGUAGCCAUUGGAGAUGUGUAUUUCAAAGCGCACAGAGCAGUUCUUGCAUCAUUUUCAAACUACUUCAAGAUGAUCUUCAUUCAUCAGUCCAGUGAAUGCAUUAAAAUCCAGCCAACAGAUAUUCAGCCUGACAUAUUCAGCUACCUUUUACAUGUUAUGUACACAGGGAAAAGCCCAAAACAAACAGUAGACCAUUUCCGAUUAGAAGAAGGCAUGAGGUUUCUCCAUACAAGCCUCCUUUCACCUGUUGCAAAAGAGCCAACCCAAAUUAUAUCAUCAGAAACUAUACAUUCCUCCAAUUUAUAUGGCAUCCAGAUCUCUACUUCCCAAAAAGUACCAAAAGAAACAAUGAAGCGCAAGGAAAAUCCACCAAACACAGCAAGGCCAGAUCAGCAGGCAGAACAUCCUCAAUUGCAAUUGUCUUUAGCCAUUGGGUUAGAAGGUGUUAGCCCAGAACAGCAGAGCUCACAUUUUACUGGCCCGGUUGGUACUCCUGUAAAGUCAAUGGAAGAAAUUCAGAAGACUGAAAUGUGCAUAAAGCAGGAAACGUCUGACCCUGACACGGUCACGUCACCAAGCCUGUCGCUAACCACUCUCGACAACGAAUCGCAUUUCCGAAAGACUGGCAAUAGAAUUCAUGCUUGCCAUUACUGUGGUGAACAUUUUGACUCUCGUGUUACUUUACGGGAUCACUUGCACAUCCAUGUAUCUCAGUCUCUCCCAUUUGGAGUGCCUUCAUCAAUUCUAGAGGGUGACGACCAUGGAGAAGUCCGUCCAAUAUUGGACAACAUAGAGAACACUGAAAAUUACAGACUUGGAAAUUACCUUCUCAACAGGAGUGACGAGUCACUGGAAUCUGUAAGCCAUCAGGAACAGUUGCAAGUGAAUCAGCUUUCUUUCCUAUCAAAAGACUCUGAUCCCAUAGAGUUAAAUUGCAACCUCUCAUUUUUGAGAAAACGAAAAUUCAGCUGUGCAGUGUGUGGGCACAAAUUUAUUCGUAGGAGUCAAAUGCUUGAACACCUAUGCACACACAAGACCAAACCACAAAAACUCAACAAGUACCAAAAGUUUGGUUACCAGGUGGAACGGACUUUACAGACAUAUUGCGAUGGUGUGGCUGAUAGCAACCAAAAGGUGUCAGGCUUAUCUCAAGAUUCCUCAGAAUUUCCUGGGGCACCAGAUCUCACUGCCCCACAAGAAAAUGUACAGUCUGUUGUGACUGAAUAAUAAUUUAAAUAAUUACACUGUUGUAAAAAAUGUAUGUGUUUUUGUCCAUCUUGCAUGUUUGCAGCCACCCAUCUUUUGGGGAUCUAUCAAAAUAUGUUGCAUAUAACCAUGUUACCAAAUUUACUUCCUGUAAAUUUUAGUAACGACCAAGUUAAGAAUCAUAUUUCUCAGAUCUAUUUGGAUCAGAUUGACAUUUAACAAAUAAACCUGUAGAUCAGGGAUAUGGCUACCGUAGAAUUACUCCAUCAUUCAGUAACUAGCCGAAGUUCCUCAUAUUCCCCUGAUUUUAACCAAAAUGCUUAUCCUAAAUGUAUUGCAUAUUUUGUCCUUUAAAUUUCUGCUCAAUAGCAAAUAUUUUCAUAUAUGUUUACUGGGAAUUAGUGACUUUUAUGCAGUGUUUAUGCUUAACACAUUGUGGGAGUUAUUUGUGUAACAAUUGUUUUUUCUAGUGUAACAUCUGCAUAGACUUUACUGGCAAAUAAAUGUCUGUAUGCCAUCA